AUUCCAGAGAGCGGGGCCAGCUAGAGCAACAAAGGAGCCGGGUAGUCGGCGGGGAGAACUCUGGGGGCUGCGGCGCGCUCCGGCGGAGGUGGCGGCUGGGCAGCGGGCUGGCGCGGGGGCGGAGCCGCGGAUAGAGUUAGGGACGUAGUCCCGCACCCUUGGCGGGCGCCUGGCCUUCAUCGUGGGGCCGGGAGUUGGUUUUAGUGGUGGGAGAGGGAAUGGGGCUGGGGAUUGGGGGCCCCGAGGGCUCCCGAGGCUGAAGACAGCUUGGAUCGCCAGCCGAGGGAGUGGGGAGUUGCGCAUCCCUGCCCGGGCCUCUGCCGCCCAACAUGGGCCCCGGGUUCCAAAGUUUGCGAAGUUGGGCGCCAAGGGGCCGGGGCGCGCUGAGCGUCUGGGAGAAGCCGGCCCCGAACUCAAGGGGCGCACAGGUCGUUUGAGCCGCCUCCGCGGCCCCCAGGGUUGUGAGUGUGGCCGGGGGGCUCUGGGGAGCGGGCGGGGGCGCCGGGGCUUCUGCUGAGUUGGCGGGUCUGGCCAUGGCCGCUGCCCGCCCUGCGUGGGGGCCGGAGCUGCCUCUCCUGGGGCUGCUGCUGCUGCUGCUGCUGCUGCUGGGGGGCCCGGACCGGGGGGCGGCCUUGAGCGGGAAUGAGACCGGGCCUGGGCCGGGUAGCGCUGGCGGGAGCGCGAGAAGGAGCGCGGCCGUGACUGGCCCUCCGCCGCUGCUUAGCCACUGCGGCCGGGCCGCCCACUGCGAGCCGCUGCGCUACAACGUGUGCCUGGGCUCGGCUCUGCCUUACGGGGCCACCUCCACGCUGCUGGCCGGGGACUCGGACUCUCAGGAGGAAGCGCACGGCAAGCUCGUGCUCUGGUCGGGCCUCCGGAAUGCCCCCCGAUGCUGGGCAGUGAUCCAGCCCCUGCUGUGUGCUGUGUACAUGCCCAAGUGUGAGAAUGAACGAGUGGAGCUGCCCAGCCGCACCCUCUGCCAGGCCACCCGAGGCCCGUGUGCCAUUGUGGAGCGGGAGCGAGGCUGGCCUGACUUCCUGCGCUGCACCCCUGACCACUUCCCUGAAGGCUGCCCGAAUGAGGUGCAGAACAUCAAGUUCAACAGUUCGGGUCAGUGUGAAGCGCCCUUGGUGCGAACAGACAACCCCAAGAGCUGGUACGAGGAUGUUGAGGGCUGCGGGAUCCAGUGUCAGAAUCCACUGUUCACCGAGGCCGAGCACCAGGACAUGCACAGCUACAUUGCAGCCUUUGGUGCUGUCACCGGCCUCUGCACGCUCUUCACCCUGGCCACCUUUGUGGCUGACUGGCGGAACUCCAAUCGCUACCCUGCAGUGAUUCUCUUCUACGUCAAUGCAUGCUUUUUUGUGGGCAGCAUUGGCUGGCUGGCCCAGUUCAUGGACGGUGCCCGCCGGGAGAUCGUGUGCAGAGCAGAUGGCACCAUGAGGCUAGGGGAGCCCACCUCCAAUGAGACCCUGUCCUGCGUCAUCAUUUUUGUCAUCGUGUAUUAUGCCCUGAUGGCUGGUGUGGUCUGGUUUGUGGUCCUCACCUAUGCCUGGCACACUUCCUUCAAAGCCCUGGGCACCACCUACCAGCCACUCUCAGGCAAGACCUCCUACUUCCAUCUGCUCACGUGGUCACUCCCCUUUGUCCUCACCGUGGCAAUCCUCGCUGUGGCCCAGGUGGAUGGGGACUCCGUGAGCGGCAUCUGUUUUGUGGGCUACAAGAACUACCAUUACCGGGCUGGCUUCGUCCUGGCCCCAAUUGGCCUGGUGCUCAUUGUGGGAGGCUACUUCCUCAUCCGAGGAGUCAUGACUCUGUUCUCCAUCAAGAGCAACCACCCGGGGCUGCUGAGUGAGAAGGCUGCCAGCAAGAUCAACGAGACCAUGCUGCGCCUGGGCAUUUUUGGCUUCCUGGCCUUUGGCUUUGUGCUCAUCACUUUCAGCUGCCACUUCUACGACUUCUUUAACCAGGCUGAGUGGGAGCGCAGCUUCCGGGACUAUGUGCUGUGCCAGGCCAAUGUGACCAUUGGGCUGCCUACCAAGAAACCCAUUCCUGACUGUGAGAUCAAGAAUCGCCCCAGCCUCCUGGUGGAGAAGAUCAACCUGUUUGCCAUGUUUGGCACUGGUAUCGCCAUGAGCACCUGGGUCUGGACCAAGGCCACACUUCUCAUCUGGAGGCGCACCUGGUGCAGGUUGACUGGGCAGGGUGAUGAUGAGCCCAAACGGAUCAAGAAGAGCAAGAUGAUUGCCAAGGCCUUCUCUAAGCGGCGGGAGCUGCUGCAGAAUCCAGGCCAGGAGCUGUCCUUCAGCAUGCACACUGUCUCCCAUGAUGGGCCUGUGGCGGGUUUGGCCUUUGACCUCAAUGAACCCUCAGCUGAUGUCUCCUCUGCCUGGGCCCAGCAUGUCACCAAGAUGGUGGCUAGGAGAGGAGCCAUACUGCCCCAGGACGUGUCUGUCACUCCUGUGGCGACUCCAGUACCCCCAGAAGAACAAGCCAACCUGUGGCUAGUUGAGGCAGAGAUCUCUCCAGAGCUGGAGAAGCGCCUGGGCCGGAAGAAGAAGCGAAGGAAGAGGAAGAAGGAGGUGUGCCCCCUGGCACCAGCCCCUGAGCUUCAUCAUCCUGCCCCUGCCCCUGCCACCAGUGCUGUUCCUCGGCUGCCUCAGCUCCCCCGACAAAAAUGCCUGGUGGCUUCAGGAGCCUGGGGAUCUGGGGAAUCCUGCCGACAGGGAGCCUGGACCUUCGUCUCCAACCCCUUCUGCCCAGAGCCCAGUGUCCGUCAGGAUACAUUUCUCCCCAGUGUUCCAGCCCCCACGGCCUGGGCUCAGGGCUGCCGCCAGGGUCUGGGGCCCAUUCACUCUCGCACAAACCUGAUGGAGGCAGAGCUCAUGGAUGCAGACUCGGAUUUCUGAGCCUGCAGAGCAGGGACAGGAAAAAGGAAAAAAUACUGUUCCAAGGCUCUUCUUCCUCUCUGAGAGCGCUUCCCUGGAUCUCAUCUUCCAGAGAAACUAUGGGCCAAGUGCCCUCCCAGGAGAGUUCUGUAUGUUUGGCUUAAAGCAGCAGGACUGUGGGAAAGAGCCAGACUUCUCCAUGGGUAGGUCUCACCCCAAGGGCAGGGCCCUGGAGCUCAGGGUCUUUAUUUCUGUCCCACCAGCUGGAGUCUGGCAGCAAUAGUCUCCAGCAGAGCUUGUGGUAGGGCAAUAAUGGCAGAGGCAGGGGUGACAGUUCUCAGAGUAGAUUGUGGUGGCUAGGGAGGCAGCCAUGUCCUGUCUUCCAGAUGGGGGCUGGCUGCACUUUUCUGUGCCAACAGGUGCCCUUUCCUGGCACUCUCAGACAAAAAGUGUUUAUUGUGUCAUUUGUCCUUUGCCUAAGUGGGAACAGGGCUCCCUUCUUCAUUUAAAGUGGUCGUGAGGCCAGAAGUGCUUACUGCCACACGGGCCUCUCUAAACAGGUAGCCCUACCCCAAACCCACUUUCUCUUCUGCAUCCUCCUUUCCCCAUCUCAUCUCAUUUCUACCAGGCCAGACUCUUCCGGCUUCCUAUUUGUUGAUUAGGACCCAGAACUGC